AUGUUCUUCUUCAUCCUGAUGAUGGUUCACUGGACUUCCUUUUCCCAAUACCGAACGGAAUUUCCUUACUGGAUCCAGGACCCUCGUUUGAAGCAAAAGUGGAACUGCCGUCGAAUUCAAGCGAUAACGAGCCAUGAAACAGGGCAGUUCCACAGAGGUUUUCUACCAAAUUCAGCCGCCGUGAAACCCCUGCCUGAGAGAGCGGGAGCGCGGGAGCGCACAUCCCAGGAACCAUCGGAUUAUCCGCUCAGUCUAUUUGAGGAUGAAGCAGAUAUUCUAACCAAUUUACGCUGGAAGCGUAUUAUCACUGGCAAUGCAGGUCUUUGA